CUGUCGUACAAAACAAAAACGUAACAGACCUUCAUUGCAUCAAAGAUGAUGCAAUCUCUUCCCAAAUCCACAAUUUCUUCAAAUCUCAACCUGCAUCAGUUUGUGGGUAUGGUGAAUAGUUGCUGUAACUUCAUCAAACCAUCAUCAAAAUGGAAACUUGUUUCAUUUUUACCACAUUCUUUGCAACAUCCGAAUCUUUUUUGUCAUUUUUCUUCACAAACACCCACCAUGAUUCCGAACCCACAUGGCAGAAGUUACUCCAAGAAGGAGCAAGCUCUUCUUUCUGUUUUCAAGAAAUCUUGCACCAAGAGGGAUAUUGAACAACUCCAUGCCCAUCUGGUUCAAACUGGCUUUACUCAGAGCUUAUUUGUUGUGGGUAAGAUUAUCGUGUUUUGUGCUGUAUCAGAUGAGUGUUCUAUGGAUUAUGCUGUUUCGAUUUUCAAAACGAUUGAGAAUCCAGAUGGGUUUCUUUGGAACACGAUGAUUAGAGGGUUUGGUAGGAUGAAUCAAGUACAUCAAGUGUUUUCUUACUAUAAGAGGAUGCUUGAUCAUGGAGAGAUUGCAGACAAUUUUACUCUCUCUUUCUUGAUUAAAUCUAGUGCCCAAUCUGGGUCAAUUUUGCUGGGGAAACAAACUCAUUGCAAUGCCGUAAAACACGGCCUUGAUGGUCAUGUUUUUGUGAGAAACACCCUGAUUCAUAUGUAUGGAAUGCUCAACAAUCUCCGCAUUGCAUGCCAACUGUUCGAUGAAAUGCCCAACCCAAACUUGGUUGCUUGGAACACCAUCAUUGAUAGCCAUGUCUGCUGUGGAAAACACCAAGAGGCACUGGAAUUGUUUUCGCAAAUGCUGGAUGCCGGAAUAAAACCCGAUGAUGCCACAUUGGUCGUGAUCCUAUCGGCUUGUGCUGCACUUGGUGCCUUGGAGCUCGGGAGGUGGGUUCAUUCCAUCGUUGAUCAAAAUUGCUCGAUGAACGAUGUAUCAAUCGCGAAUUCACUGAUUCAUAUGUAUGCACGAUGUGGAGAACUUGAAGAAGCACAUGAGAUUUUCAAUCGAAUGAAAUCAAAAAACACAGUAACAUGGAACACGAUGAUCUUGGGACUAGCAGCGCACGGUCAUUUUCGAGAAGCCCUAGACGUAUUUUCGAUAAUGAUAAACGAAAAAGACGCACCACCCAACGACAUAACUUUCCUGGGAGUUCUAAGCGCGUGUAGCCACGGGGGAAUGAUCGAAAAAGGACGGCAAUAUUUCGAUAAAAUGACCAAAGAAUACCAAACGAAACCAGCAAUAAAACACUAUGGAUGCAUGGUAGAUAUGUUAUGUAGAGCUGGGUUGGUCAUUGAGGCUUAUCUAUUGGUUCAAAGUAUGCCGAUGAAAUGCAACGCCAUCAUCUGGCGGACGUUAUUGGGCGGUUGCCGGAUUCACGGCAACGUGAAACUAGCCGAGAAGGUUAGAAUGCAUCUUUUGGAGGUGGAACCGGAUCAUAGCAGCGAUUAUGUUCUUCUUGCUAAUACUUAUGCAAGCCUAGAGGAUUGGAACCAAGUUUCGAGAGUAAGAAGAUCAAUGACCGCUAAUGGAGUUCAAAAACCGAGCCCUGGUAACAGUUUCAUUGGCGUACCAUGAUACACUCGGGAAUAGGAUUUGUACAUGCUAUCUUGGGUCCCACUUAACCGAUUUAGGUUUUGUUUGUUAACAACUUAAUAAGCUUAAUGGGACUUGUAACUUAUUUCGUCAGCUAUACUGUUUCAUAGUGGCUUAAUGAUGU